AUGUUCCACCUCUCGAGCAAGCUCGCGGCCGCCGGCGGCCUCGCCCUGCUCGCCUUUGCGCUCGUCUCCGCCAACACCGACUCGACGUCGCCUCACGCCCUCAAGCGUUCGACCCUCGCCCACAGCCACGACGCGCACGAUCUCGUCGCCCGCCAGCGCAACCGCGGCGGCCGGUUCCGCGGCGGCGGGAGGGGCAACCCGUUCCUGCAGGGCGUCGGCGAGGCGCCCAAGAAGACCGACGGCCAGCUCAACCCGGGCAACACGAACGGGCAGGGCCAGGGUACCAACGACCAGCAGGGCACGGGCCAGCAGAACGUCAACUCGACCUCGGGCCUGCCCGCCGUCGUCGUCGACACGGGCGACCCGCAAAAGAACCUGUUCAUCGACCCGAGCCAGGUCGCCAAGGGCCUCGUCAACGACGGCCAGGCUGUCCCUACUGCUGGUCAAGUCGCCUCGGCGACGAGCGUCAACAACUUCAUCAACAGCUGCCUGCUCCGCACCGACCUCCCGCUCACCAACGGCCAGCAGGUCAUCGGCGGGUCGUGCAACGCCGUCCCGAUGGGCGUCAUUGCUGCUCAGAACAAGGCGCCGUCGUGCAAGUUCACCAACCCGAAGAACCUCGACGUCAUUCCGCCCAACCAGGACUUCACGAUCACGAUGGCGAUCAACAACCUUCAGACGGGCAACUUUGUCAACGCUCAGCAGAACUACUUCUCGGCUCCGCAGCGACCAACGGCCAGGGCAUCAUCAUCGGCCAGUCUCUUCCACUCUAAGGCGUGCGUGUCUGCCGUCGACGUGUCGCUCACGGCGCCGUCUCUUCGCGCAGGUCACUCGCACGUCGUCGUCGAGCAGAUCGACUCGCUCACGUCGACGGCCGUCACCGACCCGACCAAGUUCGCCUUCUUCAAGGGCCUCAACGACCCGGCGGUCAACGGCGUCCUGAGCGCAGCCGUCAAGGGCGGGCUCCCCGAGGGCGUCUACAAGUUUCACCCCAUCAAUUCGGCGUCGAACCACCAGCCGGCACUCGUCGGGGUCGCGCAGCAUGGCUCGCUCGACGACGCCGUCUACUUUGUCGCCUCGAACGACCCGAACGCCGUCGCGACUGCGCUCGGGCUCAACGCCGGCGCGCAGAACGGCGGUAACGGCGCGGGCCAGCAGCAGCAGCAGGGUGUCGGCAACGCGGGCUCGGCCUCGAGCGGCGGCCAGCAGCAGCAGCAGCAACAGCAGCAGCAGCAGGGCGGCGGGACUGGCGGCAACAAGCGCCGCAGCGACUUCCCGCACGUCGACGCGACGUCGCCGUACCUGCUCGAGCGCAGGCUCGCCGCGCUGCUCGACGAGGACGAGAUGGUCCAGUGA